AUGGGAAACGACGGACGAUUCUCCCAGCAGCCGCGAUCUCUUGCCAUGUGCUUUUCAUCUAUUCGGUCCCUUCAAGGAGGCAAAAAGUUCAAGACGGAGAAGCAACUCAAAGAAGUGUUGAAGUGGCUGCGCAUUCGAUCGAAAAUCUUCAAUGCCUCAGGCAUCCAGGAGUUGCCAAAGCGAUGGGACGAGAACAUCUACAAGGAUCCUCCGGACUUUAAGAAGCUCUCUGAGCAAUAUGAAGAAUUUAAGGCGCUGACCAGCUAUGAUCUGAAGGGAAAGCUGAUUGUGAAUUUCAAGGAUCCAAAUACCUUGAGAGUUCUUACAAGAUGCUUGCUGUUGAGGGACUUCAACCUGAAAGUAGAUAUUCCAGCAGACAAGUUGGUUCCUACACUCCCUCUCAGACUGAAUUACAUCCUAUGGAUUGAAGACCUUCUAGAUAUUUUUCUGAGCUGUGAGAAUGCUGCUCAUACCAAGAACAAUGAUGAAAUCAUUGGUAUUGAUGUUGUGAGAAAAGUGAGCCCCAGUUCAAUCUUGGAAGAACCGUUGACUUCCUCAGACGUGGUUUAUGAUUUUACCAUGUGCAAUCCCCCAUUCUAUGGGAAGAUGCAUGAAGAGGAAGGCCAAGGAAAGGAAGGGAAGGGGGGUAUGAAAGAGAAGAUCCACUUGAAACCUCGACCCCCACCUCAUAAUGCUAGCACUGGAUCAAAUGAAGAGAAGCUCACAGAUGGGGGUGAGGAAGAGUUUGUGCGACGCAUGAUUGAUGAAAGUAGUCGGCUGCGAGAUCAAGUCAGUCUUUCUAGUGUAUAUCAGAAGAUAAUUCUCCAGAAGUGUGAAAUCACUCUUUUCAGAAUUUUCACAUCCAUGGUGGGUCACAAGAAGUACCUGCCCAUUCUUGUGACUCGUCUGAAGACACUGGGUGUGCCUCAGGUGGCAACUACUGAAUUCUGCCAAGGGAACACAAUGCGAUGGGGGCUUGCAUGGUCAUGGAACUCUGAGAUUAAUCUCAGUUCCCUGCCAACAUGUCAAAGACCAAAAGGAAAGACAUUGAAGCCCUUCUCAUGGCACAUCCCUAGACAGCCAACCAAAUACCAUUACUCUGUGGAUGCCAUAGCUCUUGUCCUUCAGAAGCAUUUUGACAAUCUUCAGAUUGAGUUCAAGGAGACAAAAAAAGGCAACCGGUGGAUUCUUGGCCUAGAAAUUAAGGCUGCACAUAACACUUGGGCUCAUCAGCGCCGGCAGCGGCGUGAGAAGCACCAGCAGAAAAAAGACUCUGGCAAUGGACAUAGUGUUGGUAGUAUGAGACAAAUGGAGGAAGCGACAUCUGGACAAAAUCUGUCAUCAGAUGGAAGGACUGAAUGUUUGGGAAAUGGUAAUGGGAAUAAGAGAAAGAGAGAGAAUUCAGAAGACUGUGAGAAUGAGAAGCAGGCCCGAUUGAAGUCAACUGAUGAAGAUCCUGGGGCUCUUCCUGCCCUCAGGGCAAGUGUAUUUGUGAAGCGAAAAGGGGAUCAGCAGAUAGUUCUUGAAAUGGCUUUUAAGGAGGGAACACUUGGGAAAGAUGCCAUUCAUCAGUUGAUGCAGUAUCUCAAGAAUGCUUUCAAUGGGGUCUAUGAUGCUCAGUGUAGCAAUGAUCAUUCAAAACCAAAUGGAGAGCAGGACUCUCAUGACUCAUGAGAGGCAAAAUAGUGUGGGACAGAAAAUUGUUGAGAUGUGUUGGUCUUCAAAUUUGGUCUUUUCUUUCUGCAUUUUUUUUUCCAUGUUGAAGAAAUCUUUCAAAGUGAGGGUGUGUCUGAAGGCACAGUUCUAUUACACAUCAUUGCCCU